AUGGCUCUCGGCCACGCUGAGGAAGACUUUCGAAAUUGGAUCAAAAAGGGUGCACCGUUUUCAAUGGUGGAACAAGCAAGCUACGACAAACACUUCAACAAUUCAAGCAUCACUCACCUUGAGAAAACAAUCACCACUUACUGUUGGGCCGCUGCGUACAUGAAGGCUAUUAUUGAGAUGAAGAGCACUUUGGCGGGGUUAUCUAUGGUUGGAAAGACAAAUGGAGGCAUUGAGCUUGAAGCUUGUCCAGGCGUUGAGGCCUAUCAAAACAUGGAAAUAGAAGAUAUAGACUGGGAAUUUAUCGAAAAAAAAGAUGUGAUUCAAGAGCCACUUACCCAAUGGACAGUCAUUCGCUGUGGGGGAGCGGAGCACGGCAUGAUCCAAGAUGCUGGUCAUAAUUAA